AACAAGCUAGAAUGUGGAUUUUUCAGAACGAACCUGUGGGACUGUGGGAAAGGUCGAAACGAAACGAUGGAGGGGAACGGCGGCGCCGGCGCGACGAGAUGGAAUAUCUCCCGGCCGUCCAAGGUGGUGGACGCCGGGUGCAUUAGCAUCCUCGCGGUGCUCCGCCGCGUCUACUCCUCGGUAGACGCCUCGGGCCCGCGGCCCGUGCUGACGCUCGGCACCGGUGACCCGACCGCCUGCGCCUCCUUCAGGCCUCCGCCCGAGGCUGAGGACGCCAUAGUGGAUGCGCUCCGAUCCAGGAAGCACAAUGGGUACUCUCCGACCGUGGGCAUCCUCCCCGCGCGCUGUGCUAUUGCGGAGUACCUAUCUCAGGAUCUUCCUUACCAGCUUUUACCAAAUGAUAUUUACCUCACUGCUGGAUGCUGGCAAGCUAUUGACGUCAUGAUGUCCAUCCUCGCCAAGCCUGGGUCCAACAUCUUGCUUCCCAAACCUGGGUUUCCGUUGUAUGAGUCAUGGACCAUGUUCAGAAAUCUAGAGACCCGGCAUUUCAACCUUAUUCCUGACCGAGGCUGGGAGGCUGACUUAGAGUCCGUGGAGGCUCUUGCUGAUGAGAACACGGUUGCAAUGGUCAUUAUAAAUCCCGGUAACCCUUGUGGGAGUGUGUACUCACAUGAUCAUUUGGCCAAAAUUGCAGAGACUGCAAGGAAACUUGGAAUAAUAAUCAUUGCUGACGAGGUGUAUUAUCAUUUGGCUUUUGGGAAUAAGCCUUUUAUACCAAUGGGUGUCUUUGCGGAUAUAGUUCCUGUGAUCACCUUGGGAUCUUUAUCUAAAAGAUGGCUUGUGCCUGGUUGGCGUCUUGGUUGGAUCGCAACGUGCGACCCGAACGGCAUCUUAAAGGAAGCCAAGGUUAACAUAUCGAUUGAAAGCUAUAUUAAUAUCACAAAUGAUCCUGCAACAUUUGUUCAGGGUGCAGUCCCUCAAAUAAUAGCCAGCACCAAGCAAGAUUACUUCAACAAAAUACUUGAUCUUUUGCGGAACUCGGCUGAUUUAUGCUAUGGUAAAAUAAAGGAGAUUAGGGGCAUUACAUGCCCUCACAAGCCAGAGGGGUCGAUGUUUGUCAUGGUAAAGUUGGACCUUUCUUGCUUGGAUGGCAUCCUGGACGAUUUGGACUUUUGCUGCAGGUUGGCAAAAGAGGAGUCUGUAAUAGUGUUACCAGGAAGUGCAUUAGGAAUGAAAGACUGGCUUCGUAUCACUUUUGCUUCGGAUGUACCAACUCUUGAGAAUGCCCUUGAAAGGAUCAAGUCCUUCUGCCAGAGGCAUGCUAAACUGGAAGCAUAAGCACAGUGAUGGUUGAGCUAUUACUCCGUACAUUGUUGUGCUGAAUAACUUUUAUCAGGGCUAUUGCACCAUUAUGGUUAAUGAGCAACUACACUCUGCAUGACUAGAAGGUUGUCAAUAAAUAAUUAUCUUGUUGCAAAUAAAUGAUGAAAAUUAUUUGCUUUGCCAUACAUUCACAUUUGUGUACUAUUAUUCCUACUUGGCUCAUAUUAUAGUGGAAUAUCAAAUAUGUGCAGAAAAUAUUGUAGUUUGCCAACUUAUUUGCUUGGUUACAGUUGAUUUGAAUACAAAAGAUGUUGGGAAAGGAGCAUCUUUGUUGA